AUGAAUAAAUCAAGUGUUAUUUGGGAUUUUUUUCAACUUGAACCAACUCAUGUAAUAGAAGAGACGAUUGAUGACCCAAAUAUUACUCCAUCAACUUCUACUUCUGAAACUAGUUUCAAUAACCUGUCACAAUCAACUGAACCAGCAGAAAAAGCAUCUACAGAUACAAAUGUCUCAGUUUCAAUUCCAAAGUUUGUGUACCUUCAUGAUAUAGGGUUAUAUGUGAAUAAACCUGCAACUGAAAGUAUUGACUUGAUACUGGGACUUCAAAAUUUGAUAUGGACAUCUCCAGAAGACUACAAAUAUCCUGUUUCCGAAAAUAGAAAUUUAAAAUUUCAAAGAAGUUGGUUGCUCAAAUAUAAAUGGUUGGCUUAUUCAGCAUUUAUGAAUGGCGCAUUUUGUAAGUCUUGUGUAUUGUUUUCUGUACGAAGUGGAGGAAUUGGACAUCAAACGUUGGGGCAGCUUGUUAAAAAACCACUUACCAACUGGAAAAAAGCUUUAGAAUCAUUUAGUUAUCAUAACUCACUCGAGUCUCAUAAAACUUCAUUAUUAAAAUCAAAUAUGAGAACAGAAAUUGAUAAUCAAAACAUUUUAUCAGUUGACUUACAAAUUUCGGAACAACAAUUAGAUUUCAUUAAUGAAAGUAAAAAACGAUAG